GUCAGAAAUUUGCGGCACGGCUCGAUGGCCGCGCCCCCCCGCCUGCUGCUGUGGGUCAGCCGUCCUCGGUCUGUUGACGAGCCAGUGAAGAGCGGGCCCACGGGCUGCUGCGCGGGAUGAGAUGGAGGGGGGCAGGAAGCAGAAGGAGCAGAAGGAGGACGGACGCGGGCGCGGAGGGCGGAGAAGCAGGUGGAGCAUGCCCCUCGAGAGAGAGGACUCGGUGGGGAAGCCAGCGCUGAGCCCACAGGAAUUCGCUUGGCUUUCGCAAAAGUAUCUCCACAGCGAGCCUUACACUUUCGGCCAGGGCGGCGAUUCAGGCGUCUCCGAUACGACAAGCCCAUCAAGGAAGAAACUGGUAUGCCAGCAUGCACCAGGAAGGUGGGAACACGCACGGCCGAGUUCACAGGUGGAAUACACCGAGGCCGCGCAGUGGAAACGCGUGGCCUGAGCCCCACGUGCCCAGCCUCCGAAAGGCCGAGCGCUGGAAAGACGCACGGCCGCGUGCCUAUAGCUCGCGCCCAGGCCGCCCGCGAUGCACCCAGCUAAGCUUAGGUCGGACGUGUCCCCCUACUGGCGAAUUUUGGACGCAAGGUAAAACACUGUCGUAAAAUAUUCAAACAAAAACCGACCAAAGAACGCGCGCUUUC